UGAAGUGAUUCUAACAGAAUUAAUGAUUAAAGAAAAGGCGGCUUUAUUUGCAAAUGCCUUGGGUCUAGGCAAUGAUGCUUUAAAAUUUUCCAAUGGAUGGAUUCAUAAAUUUAAACAGCGCAAUAAUCUAAGAAAUUUUAAAUUACAUGAAGAAGCCAACAGUGCACCACUAUUAUCACUUCCAGAAUAUAGAGAAAAAUUGC